CAGAUGGGCAGUAUGAAGCCAGUGAAGACAAACAAAGCGGAAGAACCUGAAUUGGAGCCCCUGUGCUGCUGCGAGUACAUAGAUCGAAAUGGGGAAAAGAACCACGUGGCUGCCUGUUUGUGCGAUUGCCAAGAUCUCGAUGAAGGGUGCGAUAGAUGGAUUACAUGUAAAUCCGUGCAGCCGGAGACUUGUGAAAGAAUCAUGGAUACUAUUUCUGAUCGCCUCCGAAUUCCUUGGCUUAGGGGAGCCAAAAAAGUUAACAUUAGCAUCAUUCCCCCGCUCGUCCUACUGCCCGUCUUCCUCCGCGUGGCUUCCUGGCAUUUCCUCCUGGGGGGGGUGGUUUUGACCUCCCUUCCUGUGCUGGCUCUGUGGUACUACUACCUCACUCACAGAAGGAAAGAACAGACUCUGUUUUUCCUGAGCCUCGGACUGUUCUCUCUGGGCUACAUGUACUAUGUGUUCCUGCAGGAAGUGGUCCCUAAAGGGCGUGUGGGACCCACUCAGCUGGCUCUUCUUACCUGCGGGUUAUUUCUGAUACUCUUAGCCUUGUACAGAGCCAAGAAGAAUCCAGGCUACCUCAGAAAUCCAGCAAGCAAUGACAGACCUCUAAGCAGCGGCCAGACUGAAUGCCUGACCAGAAAAGGGCAGGAGAAGACCAAAGGGUUCCCGGGCACAGAAUCAUCGGGUAGUCUCAACAACCGCACGCUGAAGGAUGAGCCUAAGGGCUCUUCCAGGGUGUUGGUUGGAAGCCCUACCAAGGUCAAGGAGGACUGGUGUGCCAAGUGCCAGCUGGUGCGACCAGCGCGGGCGUGGCAUUGCCGGAUCUGUGGCAUCUGUGUGAGGAGAAUGGAUCAUCACUGUGUCUGGAUAAAUAGCUGUGUUGGAGAAUCAAAUCAUCAAGCAUUUAUACUUGCCCUUUCGAUCUUCUUGCUAACUUCGGUGUAUGGGAUAACACUGACCUUGGACACCAUUUGUAGAGAUAGAAGUGUCUUCACAGCUCUCUUCUAUUGUCCUGGAGUUUACGCAGAUUACAGCUCAGCGUUGUCCUUCACCUGCGUGUGGUACUCUGUGAUCAUCACGGCGGGCAUGGCCUACAUCUUCCUCAUCCAGCUGAUAAACAUCAGUUACAACGUCACCGAGAGGGAAGUCCAGCAGGCCCUUCGACAGAAGACGGGGCGCCGGCUCCUCUGUGGGCUCAUCGUGGACACAGGCCAGUACAACCGGGGCUUCCUGCGGAACUGGUACCAGUUCUCCACCCUGGGUGCCCACCCCUUCCACCACCCUGCCGAAGACAUUGUCUGAAGUGCCUUCUGUGUGGCUCUGCGAGGGGCGGCCCCUCCCUCUGCUCCCUCCCAUUGUACACUUCAGUGUCCACGCAGGAUGUUCGUUUUUAUCCCCAGUUUCCUAAAGGCUGUAUAGGGCCAUGCUCAGGUUUAGACAUUGGACUGGGAAGAAAUGAAGUUUCCUGACUUCAACCUAAGAGAUUUUUUUAUCGAAGCAGUAAAAGUAGAGCCAUUCUUUUCCAGUCACCUUGUUAACUAACUCAGUCACCAUGUGGAAAAGGAUGUGGAUUGCUAAUGCACAGAUUGAUAGAAGCAGUUCCCAUCCAUUACUAGGGGAGAAAGAGUUUGGAUUAGGGUAGUUUCCAGUCCCUCUUUCAAUUCCUGAUAGCCAUGUGACCCUUAGUUGAGUCACCUCCCCGAGUCUCAGGUUCAUCUGUAAAGUGGGGGUACUAAUAGCACCUGCCCUGGCUUACCUCACAGUCGUGAGGGUCGUGCGAGGGAUGGGGUAUGUGGAAAGCACUGGAAAAUGACUAAAGCACUCAACAGGUAUGAAGUAUUAUUAGGAAGGUUCUAAGACUGAGAAAACUGUUUAUAGAUCAGAAUACUGAAGCCAAAAGUAUCAGAGUAAUCCACUUUCAGCUUUUCAGAAUGGAAGAAAGAUCCUGAAAUACCAUAUUGUACAGUUAUGGCAACUUCUCUCUUUGAAGUAUUAGACAUUAACUACUCAAACGGGGUAGAGGAUGACCAGAUGGAUUUACACGAUCUUCUGAUCUUGAAGGGACACUUGAUAACAGUUACGAUUACUGGUCGUGUAGUAUACGCUGGUCUUGAAUUCAGGUGAUGAGUCCUUGUUUUUCAUCUUAUUUCUUAUACAUUUAUUCUCUUUGGAUUUACUCUACAUAACUCCAAACUCCAAUAGCCAUUACUGUUUUUUCCCCUCUUUCCAUGCUUCACCUGGGAAGGUGCUAGAGCACUUAGGAUGAGGCUGGAAGAGGAGAACAGACACCCCGUGGGGAGCAUUUUACCCUCUUUCCUGGGUAGAGUGGCUGGUUACUAUCAAGGGCUUGAUUUUUUUUUUUUCUCAUGUAAGUAAUUCAGACACUGUCGUUACAGCACUCAGUUGCAAAAACCAGUCUUCUGGCAUUCACAAUUCUUCUGGCAUGACCUCUCUGAGGAAUUGACUGACAUCUUCCUACUUGCACAUUACUUCUCAUUCACCGUUCCCUAGACAAAAGUAUCUCACUUGGAGAGAAGAAACAGGGUAUAUGUGGUUUCCAUUAAUUAAUGGACUACGAUUCCUCCCUAGCUCUUCCUAAAAUAAUAAGUUGUCUCUUUAAUUGUAUCUUUAAACUGAAAAUGUACAGAAGAUUAAGUACUUAUAGAGAAUGGGUCUAUUCUGCCAUGGAAUUAGGAUAAGGCGAUUUUGGAUGGGGAAAAUACCAUCUUGAAUUAUUUGGCUUUAUACGUGUACUUAUUUUGCAAUCCCAAAGAAAAUUCAUGAAUCCUUAAAUUUGCUUUGGCUUAUAGCUUCAUAUAGGGGAAAUAUUGCCAGCUUUUCCCGUCUUUCUGUGCAUGCUGCCGUAGUAAGAGGUUUAUAAAUGUCGAGAGGAAAUACUGCUCCUUCCUGCAACUUUCCCUCUGGAGCUGGCACCGUCCCUAGUUCUGCCAUGAAACGAAGUUGUCCUUAAGACACUCACCACAUUUUUAUAUCAGGCUGGUCGCUGCUCUCCCCAGAGAUGGAUUGUUUAACCAAUGAGAGGCUCCGUAUUCCCCUGGGACGAGCCAAAGAGCAAGUCUGGGUAUGUUAGCAGUCUGUGGUUUCUACAGUGAUGCCCUUGCCCUGGCCCAGAGUCAAGCAUUCGUUUGGAGUUAACGUUGGAUCUGAUAGGACUGAUUCUUUUCUGUGUGAGUUCGAGAGAGUAAUGAUGUCAGGGACAGCACAUGUGGCCAGAAACCUCUAUUUGUCAUCUCUUAAACACCAGAUGUGUAGGCAACUGAUUGUCUAAACAGUUGAUGAUAGAAUUCAUAGAAAUGUUAGCAUAGUCGGUAAUAUGAGCCUCUUGCUAAAUCUUUAACAACCAUCAAAACCAGACACAAAGAGGAGUAGUCCCCAAAAGACCAGGGUCAUGUGGGAGGAUUGAGAGCGACUGCCAUCUUCAUAACCACGCAGCCUUCGAGUUUAUCCGCAUGGGGCCUCUGAGGCUCCCUCACCUGCAGGGCUCCUUAUAUAUUAUUCUGGCUGGUGGGAACUAAGAGGCUUGUUUUAAGUUCCUCGAGAUCUUCAUGAUUGGUGUUUUUCAGAAGAAAGCUCAAACUUUUGAAAACUUCAGUGGUUUAGUGGGGGUAAAAGCCUACUGAAAUAUUUGCACCAAAAGGAGCAGCAAACAAGGGGCUCUUUUGUGAGCAGGGUUUCUGCAGGCCCUCGUACACCUUUAGUCUACACUCCUAGAUU